UGGAGAUCUCAGUUAUUAUUGUUGAAAGUUGUUUGUUUUCUAGUGAAGCUAUGAAAUAAAUUGUGCUAUUUUACACAUGCAGUUAUAAAUAUAAUAUUUAUUGUUAAUUGGGUCUGUGUAUUUAUAUUAUGAAAUAACAAAGAUGAGGCGAGGUCAUCCAGGAAUAGGUGGAUGGCGCAAUGAGAACCCUCGUCAUUAUAGACCGCGAAACAGCGGUAAUCCACAUUUCAGACCACCAAGAAACUUUACCAGUGGAAGUUCUAGAUUUCCCACACCACAUGUGAGACCUUUCAGAAAUCCAUUUAUUCCUCAUGCCGGAAAUGAAGAUCGUAACCAUUAUGGUAACCAUCAGAGGUAUAGAUUUAACAACACACCAAAUUCAUAUUCUCGACAUAAUGAAAGAUCCCAUCAUAAUGAGAGACAAUUCAUACCCCAUCUACAUCAAACAAAAAUAAAUGAAUUUGGAUUUACUGGUACUUACAAAAAUAAUCAACUAUGUAAUCCAGACCAGUACCAUGUAAAUAGUAUGGGUGAUGUUGAUCAGCGACAUAAAACAAAAAACAGUAACCAUGUUCCCUUAAUUCCUCCUUGGAGUACUGACAAUUUGUACUAUGAAGAAGAAACAAAUUACCACAAAAAUGAAACAGACACCAAUAGAAAUCAUGUAGAAUAUACUGGUCAUAGGCCUCCCUCCUCAGAUCAUUAUGGAGGAAAUCCUGUACCUACAAUCGAAAAAUCGAAUACCUUUACCAGGUCUGUAGAUGAUACUGUGGACAUUGUCAGAAAAAGACUAUUGAAUAGAAAUGAAAACCCACAUGUGCCUGAAAAUCAAGAACCAAGGGAAAAUAUUAUUGAAGAAAGAAUCAUAGAUGUAAUUCCACCUGAGUUCCCUCAACAAGAACAAAAAUUGAAAAGGCGGAUACAGAAACAAAAACCCAUUCAUAAAGUAAAUUGUGAUAAAAUCAAAAAUAAAAUUGUACAUCAAUUAUUUAAAAUGGAUAAGAAAAAAAUACACAAACUACUAGAUAAUCCAAACUGUUCAACAAAAUUUGAAUAUGCUAUCAACAGUUUAUUGACUGAGUCUCAAAACAGCUUCAAUCAACAUAUGAGAUCUGUUGCAGAAAAGUCUCUUUGUUCUACAAGUACAGAGUUUAUGCAAAAUGAUAAAAACACUAUUUAUGAAGACACAUUCAUGAAACAAAUGCAAUGCAUUUUAGAUCCACAGGACACUAUUCUUUUAGAAGAUAUUAAACCAAUGAUCAUGGCAGAGCUAAGCAAAGUUCUACAACUUGAUGAUUUUGAUAAUAAUUUAAAUCUAAAUGAAGAUUUGAAUUACUCUAUGCAAUUUCCAAGGGAUGAACUUGGUAAUUACGAAUAUAUGAACAGUGAAAGAGAAUUUCACGACACAGAAGGGUCUGGACCAUCAUCAAGACUAAUUUUUCAAAAUGACGAUUUCAGUUACAGUAGUAGUGAAAUGGAUUGCAAUAGCCUAGAGCGGGUAGAUCAAUCGAAACCUCUGUAUGAACGCAGGCCAAGAAAAUACGAGUGUAGGGAUAGAGAUGUUGAAUCACAAAGAAGAUUUCGAGAAAGCUUAGACACAAAAUCUGAAUAUAUUUCAAACAAUGAGUCAUAUGAUAAUGCUGGCCACCUAAGCCAGCCAUUAUUUGAUACUUAUGAACAUUUAUCAGAAGAGGAAGAUCCUUUUGCGGAACUUGAUAAACAGUAUCAUGUUGCUGUUGAUCAUGAUUUCAUAGAAAAUAUUGAUUCUCCUAAAUCCCCACUUCUACAAAAUGAUGCAGCUGUCGGAAUAUGUAUGACGCAACAAACUGAAAUUAAAGUUGAACUGAUGCAACAAACUGAAAUUAAAGUUGAACCAGUCACAACAGAAAAUCAAGGUUUAUGCAACCAAAAUAUAGACCAUGAUAUAGAAAUACAUUUAAAUGCAAUGACAUCUGGAGAUUUUAAUGAGAGUAAUCAGGAUGAAGUACCUUCUGCAUCAAAGUCUGGUUUGCCUACUAUAAGUCAAAGUUUAAACAAAGGUAAAGAUAUGUUAUCAGAGGAAAAUACAGCAAAUUCUAAUGAAAUUGUUAGGCCAGAAGUUUCUUCAAAUUCUGAUAAAUCUAAAGUAAUUGUUUCUGGUAAAAGAUCAAUCGAAAAAAAACCUUCGCAUCGUAAAGAAAAACAUAAGAAAAGUGAAAAUAAAAAUAACUCCACUAAGGAUCCGAAACAAAAUAUUAUUACUUCUUAUCAGCUGCAAUCAAAAAAGCAAUCUGCCAAAACUCAAACAGAUACUGAUGAUAUUGCUUUCAAAAAUAAAAAAAAGAUUUUAACGCCAGAGGCAAAGAACUUUAAUUCAGCCACAAAAAAUGUUAAACAUGUGCAGACUAAUGCAUCUAUAAAGAAAAGUAAUGUUACAAAAGCAGAUGAAAAUCGGAAAAGACAGAAUUCUACCUCAUCUAAUCAUUCCACUAGUCCUGGUAAUAACAAUACUAUAAUAGCUAAUAAUGACACACCAUUAAAACAUGAUACAAUAUCUUUGCUCAAACCUAUUGAUAUGUUUACGCAACAACCCAAAAAGAUUAACAUACAUCAUUCCUUAAGAAAUGUUUCUACAACUAAUAUUAUAGACAAUAAAAUAAAUACUAAACCAAAGUCACUAGUGUAUGACCAAUCAUCUAGUAAGCCCAAUGUUGCGAAAAUGGUAGCUAAAGAGACCCAGACAUUAUUCUCAAAAUCGUCUACAUCAAGAUUUUGCCAGACUGAACGAAAGAAAACUGCUAAUAAACAUGUACAGACAGGAAGCCCCGAAAAAGCUUCUAGCGUAAAAGCAACUGACGCAUUUGACCGAAUGAAAGAAAUAGAUCUCGAAAUCCAAGUGUUACUUCAAGAAAAAUUUAAAUUAUAUAGCUCUUUAGAGAGCAGAAAUCCAAAAACAGUCCCAAUGCAAAGCUUGGGAAUGACUGUUUUAAAUGUCUCUUCACUUGAAGAGAAUGAAUUUGUUGAUGAAGAUAAUAAUGACCUGGAGGACACAAUAGUAAACAAUUUUGCAAAUAUACCAGAAAAUGAAUUGGAAGAAAUAGCUCUGGAAAGUGUAGAAAGUUCAGACAUAGUCUCUCCAAUGAGCCAUAAUCGAAAAAGAAGAAGAAAAAAUUCUCUUAUUGAUAACAUCACAUCACCGAAUCCUAUUUCGAAAAAAUCAAAGAAAACACCUAAUAUUUCACUUAUCGAACAAAUUAUUACUGAUGAUAGACCUCUAGAAGAUAUUAUAUCACUUGAUGAGUUUGAAGUAGUUGAAGUCAAAGCAAAAAAGACACAAAAGCAACAGAAAGGCAAGAACUCUAAGAAAAAGCGUGUCAGUAUUAAAAAGACUAAAACUUCAAUAAAACCUGUAACUACAGGAUUAAAGGACUGCUCAGUAUGUUUGGUAAGAGAGGAUUUAAGUAAGUACUUCCAGCAAAGCCAGACACAAGAUGUCAAAGAAGUAAUCAGAUCUGAUGAUGUCCUUGUGGAAGGGUGUGUUGAUAUAGCAACUACUAGCAAUAAUGUAAAGGAAAUAAAUGAUAUAGAAGCUGUUAUUACUAAUGACCCAAUAUUAAAUGGCCUACAAUUUGACAUGUUAGAUGUGUCUGAAGAUAUAGUUAUUGGAGAAACAUGUGAAAUUAACUGUAAUAAUGAGAAAAAUAUAGAAGAACAGUCAGUAGGCUUAAUAAAUGAGGAUAUAAUACUCGACAAUAGUCAAUCAUCCAUUGAGGGUGUCACAUCUUCUGCUGAGCAAGGAGGAGAAUGUAAAGUAUUUGACUUUUUAGCUGAUGAGAGUUUACAACAAGAUUCUGUCCUUGUCAAUGGUAAUGGAGAUACAGUAUUAGCUAUUGAGUGUGUUGAAAACAAUUUCCUUGCGGCCUGCCUAGAUGGCAAUGUAUACUAUUUUACCAGUGAUGGCCAACUGCUAACAACACUCAGAGGUUCUAACCUAGCGGUAACUUGCCUCACAAUUGUUAAGGAGAAAUAUGGCACUACUGUUUACACAGGAUCGUUGGAUUCAAGGAUACGCUAUUAUGACCUGAAGACUGGGUUGGAGAAGGGUCCCGAAUGCAAUGUUUUGAGUGCUAUACAAUCCAUGGAUAGAGCGUGGGACACUGUGUUUGUGGGCACAAGAACAGGAUUUGUGCUACAGUUCGAAUGUAAAAACAACAUGUUAAUACCAGUCAGCACGGUCAAAAUCUCUGACAAUUCCAUUCUGGCACUCCGUGCGAUGAAGGAGGGUCCGCGGAAGGUGCUUCUGGUGGCGGUCAGGUCGGAAGAUGUUACCAUACGAGAUGCACAGACUGGUCUCUUGCUGCGAACAUUAACUGGGCCCAAGAUGACGGUGUACACUCUGUUGUAUGAAGAUGGCAAGAUAUACUGCGGCACCAGUACUCACCAAAUACACGUGUUUGAUUAUGCGAGCGGGAGUCAAGUGGGCGCGCACGCGGGUGGUAAGGGCACCGUGUGCCUGCUCGCACGCGGCGGCCUCGUGUUCGCGGGCUGCUACGACGGGUGCGUGUACGUGUACCGCGACGGAGAGACCGCGCCGCUGGCGCAGCUCCGGGGACCGCCCUCCAUGUUGCUGGCGCUGUCGCUGCUAUCGUCCAAGAUAAUUGCUGGUUACCAGGAUCGAAGCUUGUACAUAUGGAAGAUUCCACUUUACAUAUUGCAAGAAAUGAUACUAUGAAUUUAAUCGUCUAAUAUAAUUAUGUAGUUUGUAUUUUGUUUAGCACUAAAAAUGUAAAUAAUAGCGUUAUUUCUUUACACAAAUGUUGUAAAUUAAUUAAUAUAACAUUAAAUAAGAAAAGCAUUAAAUGGGAUAAUAUUGUUUGAUUGAA